AUGUGCUUGCUUGGAUACCUACUAGUUCGCAUCUUCGGUGUAGAGACGAGACAGGCGAACCUUAGCGCCUCCUACGAAGUUGGACCUGCAGUCAUGACCUACUACAUGAACCUUUGCAAUCGACCGGCGUUUCAAGGCAGCGGCGGACCGGCUGAUGCGUUACGCAUAACGACGGCUAACAACGACUACGGCGAGUCACCACCUCACUCGAUAUUUUUUCCUCAAGAAUCAAUGUUCACCAACGAAGAGAUCGAAGCGGCACAGACCAUUCGCGACCUGUCCUCUGGUUGCGGUGCUGCUGCAGCCAGUUUCGGGGUUACAAAUAUGCUGGACAAGGGCAUUUGCCAGUUUGUGUCCCCCACAACGUGCUUGUUGGCACGGCUUCCGCAUCAGCCUGCCAUCUGCUCAGUUCCAGCGUUCCAGAAAGUAUCGCCGUUGUCGGCAAUGACGGCAGUCGACUGCGACACAGCAGUCGGAGGAACGCUGACGACGACGGUCGAUAACGUCUAUGCAGCAGCGGUCAGCGCUACCAACGAUAUAGUCCGAAACAGACCUAAACGAAAAUCGCAGGAUGCGAAAAACGUUGUUGAUAGCUGCGGCACAGCGCCAAAGGUUUUCAAAACCCAUAAUGGCAGGGCUCGUCAAAAUGAGUUUGUAAAUUCAGCCAAAGAUUGUGAAGUCGGCAACGCAAAUCCAGAGGAUGGUCGUGUGGAAGAUGUUUUGCUGGAAUUGCUGUCAUUCAAGCUGUUUUUGGAUGUUUGCUGGAACGGAACUCGCUCGUAUUCUUCGACACGUUACGACAGUUCUUUGCACCUCCUGACUAAAAAGUUCAUCGCGCUGUUUGACCAUUCGAAAGAUAAGGUGGUGGAUCUGAACGUUGCAGCUUACACGCUGCGUGUGCCGAAGCGUCGCAUCUACGACAUUACAAACGUGCUUGAGGGUAUCAGCUUGAUCUCGAAGAUUGAGAAAAGCAAGUGCAUGUGGCGCGAUCACACGCCAUGCGACGACGUCGUGGUUUCAUCUGCUGAACAGUUUCCAGAUUGUGCACAUGGCGACGACUACUGUCCAUCCGUUUCCGAGAGGACAUUAGACGUGCUGCUCAGGGAAGUGGAGGAGAUUUUUUUUCGGGCGUUCAACUGCACUGACUUCUCCAGGUAUGCGUAUGUUCGUUACGACGACCUGGCGGUGAUGGACAAUGAAUACGCUGACGAAAACUUCAUUAUUCUUAAGGCUCCGGCCAAUGCCGUGUUAGAAGUGCCGGUGCCGAUUGCACCCUCGGGAAAACCCUCAGUUUUCGAGAUGAUCAUCCGUAGCAACAGUAAUGUGCCUGUUGAAGUUAUUGCAUGCACCGACGGCAAGUUCUGCCAUGUUCAAGAUUUCCGAAAGUUGCGCGAUCGCGUGCACCCUUCCGACUGUGCGUCCACCUCCGUUCAAAGUGAUAUCGCAUGUGACAGCAUGAAGAAAUGUGGACAGUCACCCGAAGCUAAAGAUCACUGCUGCACACCUGCCCUAAAUGAAUUUUGUACACAAGACGGAAUAGCGACCUACUGCGUGCUGGAACCAUGUUCUGAAUUCAACGACUACCUGUUUGCUUUGGAACCAAGCGAAGGCAUUUCAGAUCUAUAUAAUUUUCCUCAUGAUGAAUGA